AUGGUCGACAGUGUUGAUACAAUAAGGGAUCAUGUGGUAUGUCAUGGGUUUAGGCCUCAAUAUCAUGUGUGGGUUUGGCACGGUGAAAAGGGAUCGUAUAGGGAGAAUGUUGUUGGGAAUGAUACGCACGAUAACAGUGCCGAGAUUCGUGCGGAAGAUGAAUAUGGUUUUGAUUAUGGUGGAGAUGGGGAUGAUGAUGGUGGAGAAGGGGAUGAGAUCGAGGACGGUGGUGGUGAUCACUUGGAUGAGAUGAUGCAUAAUGUUGAAGGUGAAUUUGGUGACCGAUGUGAUGUAUUUGAGUCAUUAUCAGAGGCUGCCAAAAAGCCAUUGUAUCCUGGGUCCAAAAAAUACACCAAACUCUUAGCUGUGCUAACACUUUUUAACAUUAAGUCAAAGUAUAACUGGAGUGACACUAAGUUGGAGGAGUGUCCACGUUGUGGUAAGUCGCGUUACAAGCGAAAGAGCUGCAAUGCUGGAAUGAAGGGACCUCCUGCCAAGGUUUUAUGGUAUCUUCCCAUCAUUCCAAGGUUCAAGCGUCUAUUUUCAAUAUCAAAAGAUGUUAAGAACUUGAGGUGGCAUGCAGAGGGAAGAAAGAAAAACGGUUUGCUGAAGCAUCCGGCUGACUCUCCGGAUUGGAAGAACAUCGAUAUGAAGUUUAGGGCAUUUGGUGAUGAAGUCAGAAAUUUAAGGCUCGGGUUGUGCACCGACGUGAUCUACAACUUGCCUCCGUGGUUGUGCAUGAAACGAAAAUAUGUGAUGCUGUCACUAUUGAUAACGGGUCCAAGGCAACCUGGAAACGACAUAGAUGUUUACCUAGAGCCCCUUGUUGAUGAUUUGAGAAAGAUGUGGGACGAAGGAGUUUCUGUUUUUGAUGCCCAUAAGAACGAGAUGUUCCUCUUGCGUGCAGUCCUUAUGUGGACCAUUAAUGAUUUUCCCGCAUAUGGCAACCUGUCUGGGUAUAAGAACAAAGGGCAUAAAGCAUGUCCUAUUUGUAUCGAUGACACACCAAACGUGUACCUUGAACACUACGGCAAAGAUGUGUACGUGAGGACCCGAAGAUUGCUUAGGCGCGAUCACCCAUAUCGUCGGCAGAAAAAGGCCUUCAAUGGGAAAGUAGAAGAGGGGGCUGCUCCUAAGCCAUUGAGUGGACAUGAGGUGUAUAGUCGAGUGAAGGGUAUAUCAACUGUUUUUGAGAAGAAUGUUUGUGAUGCAGUUGUUGGGACAAUUAUGGGUAUUCAUGGUAAAACAAAGGAUGGAAAGAGCGCGCGAUUAGAUUUGGAAGCAUGGGGGGUUCGUCCAGAAUUGUGGGUCCAACCGAAGGUAGUGAAGGCUAAGGUAAUGGAAAAUGAAAACGAAUAUGGUGGAAAAAGGCGUACAGGGGAGCGCAAAGGAAAGGGCACCAGUGUAUCAAAUAACAAAGAUGCUGGAAAAGGCAAGAAUGAAAAGGUUUAUUUACCUCCAGCUUGUUACACAUUGUCAAAGGAAGAAAAACGAAAGUUUUGUGCUUGUUUGUAUAACAUUAAGGUUCCAUCUGGUUUCUCGUCAAACAUGAAAAGAUUCGUCUCUUUAAAUGGGGAAAUGAAGUUGACUAGUAUGAAAUCACAUGAUUGUCACAUGAUGAUGCAAGUAUUCUUACCGAUUGCAAUUCGUGGUAUUCUACCGAAGCAUGUGAGAGAAGCUAUUACAAGCCUUUGUUCGUUUUUCAAUACCAUUUGCAGCAAAGUGCUAGAUCCUUUUACUCUUGAUGCUCUCCAGGCGAAUAUGUGCGGUCCAGUCUUUAUGAGGUGGUGCUAUCCUUUUGAAAGACACAUGGGCACAUUGCAACAUAAAGUCAGGAAUCCUGCCCAUCCAGAAGGUAGUAUGAUUCAAGGGAUUGUGGCAGAGGAGAUUGGUAAUUUCGUGGCGGAGUAUGUUGCUGUUGCUGAACCAAUUGGGCUUCCCACUUCCCGACAUGAAGGGAGACUUGAUGGUCAUGGCACACUCGGGCAGAAACGGAUCUCACCUACUCAUGAUCAGUUCUUGCAAGAUCACCUAUUUGUGCUUCAUCAUGUUGCGGAGGUUCACCCAUAUUUAGAAGAGCACAUGGAUAGUUUGCGUGCGGAAUUUCCAUCAAAAGGGGAAAGGGCACUAAUGCAAUUGCAUAAUAAGAUGUUUGUGAUGUGGUUCCAUGAUCGAGUUAUGCGUCAAUUGGAUGAGAGUGUCUCUGAUACUAUAAAGUGGCUAGCUUAUGGUCCAAAGGAAGAUGUUUAUUCUUUUGAGGGAUAUGACAUAAAUGGGUAUACAUUCUGGACUGAGCAUCGUGAUCAGAAAUCAUCAUCAACUCAAAAUAGUGGUGUCACUCUUGUGGCAUCAUCAAGAGAGUUUGCAAGUGCAAGGGAUACAUCACCGGUUGACGCACAAUUAUCCUACUACGGACGAAUUCAGGAAAUAUGGGAACUAGAUUACCGUGAGUUCAAGGUAGGCCUAUUUAAGUGUAAAUGGGUCGAUAACAUUAGGCGCAACGUCAAACAUGAUGACUUCACUCUUGUAGACCUUGGCCACUUGCGGGAUAGUUUGGAACCAUUCAUCCUUGCAUCUCAAGCUAAGCAGGUGUUCUAUGUAACCGACCCAGCCGAUCCAAGAUGGUCCAUCGUCCUUGCUAGCAAAAGAAGAAUUUUAGGGGUUGGAGAUGUUGAAGAUGAGGACGAAUAUGAUGCGUUUGAUGACUCGCCCCCUUUCACCGCCCCUACACUUGAUGUAACAAAUGAUGUAGAAAAGGAUACAAAUUAUAUUCGAUCAGACCACAAUGAGGGAAUACUCGAAUGA